CAUAACUGCACACAUCAACACCAGACAAGUCUUUGUAAAGAUGCCAACUGUAUUGUCACAUUCACCCGAAAUUGACAAUAUGAACAAGGAGGAUAAAACUGUCAACUCAAGGAGACUAGACAAGUGGCGUUUUCGCUGCCCUAUGUCACACAAACUGAACUCCAGCGAGACAAUGCUUUGGUCCCAGUCAUUGGAAAACCUUCUUAGAUCAAAAUAUGGCAUGGCAACGUUCCACGCCUUCCUCAAGUCCGAGUUCAGUGAUGAGAACAUUGAAUUUUGGUUGGUCUGUGAAGAUUUCAAAAAAGUCAGGACAUCAUCCAGGCUGACGUCAAGGGCCAAGAAAAUAUUUGAACUUUACAUCGAGGCAGAAGCUCCCAAAGAGAUAAACAUCGACCACAGAACGAGGGAGGUCAUCAAAGAGAACAUUCAAGCUCCCACUAAACUGUGUUUCGACGAUGCCCAAAGGAUCGUAUAUGGUCUAAUGGAGAGGGAUUCAUAUCCCAGGUUUCUUCGCUCAGAUAUCUACAGAUCUCUUCUGCAGUCAGUGUCAGAUAGGCUCAAUGGCUGAACACCUGAAACAGACUUUAAGACUCCCGAGACUUUUGUUGGAUUGACGCUGCAAUGAGUGUGAUCGCCAAGGAAAUUUAUUUUGACCUGGAUUUGCAUGAGUUGCACGGGACAUCAAGCUCUACACAAACUCUUGUAUAAGCUACCGUUUUAUCAGCUGUUGUACACUGCUCCACUGUUUAUGACAAAUGAGCUUUCUGUAGGUGUGUUGAACCACAGGAACUCAUGAAACAUUUGAAACAUUGAUCCUGUGUUUACACCUGGUAUUGACAUCUGUCUCAUCGUGGAUUUCACUACAUACGGGUGCAAACGGGGUCCAAAAUAUUUUGUGAUCGGGUCAAUUUCAAUAUACUACAUUUGGGCAUUGUUGUAAAUGUAUGUGAACACAUUGCACAGUAAACGCUAUUGUGUAUAAAGUCAUUCUGCUCAACUGUUAAGGAUGGCCUACAGUCCUGGUCUCACAAAGCAGACUAGAAACUUCAAAACAGGUGUGUUAAACCAAGUUGGUGCUAAACUCUGCAGGACUGUGGCCCUCCAGGACCGACAUUGGACACCCCUGGCCUACUGUACUUUCCUGUCAAAUUAUUUCUUUGUCCUAAAACAAGGGUUUUAACAUUCCUUGUUACGAACAUCUUAGAAUAUAUUGGAAAAAUCCAUAAAUGUACUGUACAUACGUGCAUAAGAACAUGUAGUGAUAUUUGUGACAUGUCUUAAAUAUAUAUGUGAAGGACGCACAUCUGAAGUUUAUCUAAUACCGCUCAACCGUAAAUACAGUAAACAUUCUGUUACAUUUGCAAUGAGAUUAAGAACAACGAAUAGCUAUAUUGUAUUUUGAAGCAACAGUGAGAGAUAUGCAUGAACGUAGAUGUAAGCUGGGCCUGGGACUGUCGGACUGAAAUAUCCUGUGAAUUGUAUUUAACAAUUUGUACAUAAUAAAUCAUUACUGUCAAAUAUAUGUUGAAAGCAUAA